AUGUUGGGGCGGAGCGCAUUCCCGGGAUUAUAUCCGCCGGUGCGAGGUCGGGGAGCGGCUGAUUUUGGGUUGCGCCCAGAGAUGCUGGAUAUGGAACUGAACGUCGACCCGUCGGAGGUGCAGCCGCUGGGAGAGUAUGACUUCGAGAAGAACUUCAAUUUUACAGCAACCAGGAAAUGGAUGGUAGAAAAUCGGCACAAGUCUUUAAGUUUUGGUGCUAUUUAUUUGAUCCUUGUCUUUGGAAUCCAGCAUUUCAUGAAGGAACGGAGAGCCUUCCACCUGCGGACACUACUGACCCUGUGGUCCUUCAGUCUGACCUUGUUCAGUGUCAUUGCAGCCUCACGGGUCUGGAAGCAAGUGACCUUCCUCCUUCUUAACAAGGGAUUUAAGCAAUCAGUGUGUAGUCAAUCUGUCUACGUUCACCCUGUCUGCAGGCUUUGGAUCCAUUUAUUUGCAGUGAGCAAAGUUGUGGAACUGGGUGACACUGUGUUCAUUGUUCUCCGGAAAAAGAAGCUCAUCUUUCUCCACUGGUAUCACCAUUUAUCCACAGCAGUUGUAGCCUGGUAUAGCUAUAAUGAUCUGGUGGCUGGUGUUGGAUGGGUUGCAGCCUUGAACUUCAGUAUCCAUGGUCUCACAUAUGCCUACUACACUGUGACAGCCACGGGCAUCCGGGUACCCAAGUCCAUCGCCAUGACAAUCACCACUUCACAAAUGGUGCAGAUGACGGGAUUUGUAAUAAUUAACAUCUUUAUCUUCUUCUGGAAGGAUGAUAAGGUCUGCCACACCACCUGGCCACUGCUUCUAGCUUCAUCUUGGGUUUAUAUCACUUUUUUGAUACUCUUUGUCAACUACUUCUCCAAAACUUAUCUGAGUGGCACCUGGAAAUCAAAGGGGGAGUAA